AUGACAAUUUAAAAUGAGGAUGAAGCUGAAAGACAGGCAGAUAAGUAUAAUAUCUCUACAAGUUUCUAAAAUGAAUAAGUAUACAGAAUCGAGGAUUAGUCAAAUGAUCACCAUUAGUUCUCUUAAGAUCAAACUAAAAUUUAUAGAUAUCAGAUAAAGUCAAACUUUAGUGGGAAACCAAUAAAUAAUGAAUUAGAUGAGACAAAAUAACUAUAUGAAUCCAUCGCAGGUUCAUAUGACUACAUCAAUUAAUCAAGAUUAGUCUUCUCAAAUUUAGCACCAAUUCACAAUAAUAAUACAGACUAUGUUUAUAAUAGAACUAGUUUUUAGGUCAAUGAUGGUAUUCGAAACAGGAUUACCGAAUAGGCUAAAAGGGAGAGUCUUUUGAUGCAUCUAAAUAGUGAAAACGAGAGCAUUAACACUUAAUAAGAGCUACUUUUAAACUCCAAAGAUAAUAGAAACCAGUCAAUUAUUGGAAAAUAGCAGAAUUAUAUUUCAUCUUCUCACGGUAAUCAUGGGAAAUAAAAUAUAGCCGAACUUAUUACUAAGCUAAAACAAUUUUCUCCCUAAAAAGUAAAGCAAUAAAUAAGUGAAAGAUACGAGUAGGAAGUAUAGAAUCUCAAGCAGGAAUUAGAGGAGGAAAGAAAUUUAAGAUCCUAAUUAGAAAUAGCUAUAACCUAAUUAUACAGAAACUAAUCUUCAGAUCUUCAUAGAAGUGAAACACCUAAAUCUGAGUAACUUGACAAUCAAGAUGAAAUUCAUGAUAUGAUUGCUUUUUAGAAUCAAUAGAUUUUGCAAUUAAAGCAACAAAAUGAUGCGUUAAUCUCAGAUAACCUAAAGAUGUCAUCUCUUUUAAAUUCAAUGGAGAAGAUACUGUCUCAAUUCAACACUACUUUUAAUACUGGAAAAGAUUAUAGCAAUAAAACGACUGUUAAUAAUACUUAAAACGGAAUUAAUAUACUAAGUACAGGUAAAAGUAAAAGAAGUUAGUCAAAAAUAUCAAGCAUGAAUGUAUCCAUUUGCCAUAAUGCUCCGACAGCUAAUCAAAGUACAUUUAUUGACAGAAGUUCAGUUUAAACAGCAGGAACUAUAGGGAAUGUCAAGCCUAAUAUAUAAUAUAAGCUUUAAGAGUUGUAGAAAGUUGAAGAUCUAGACAUAGGGUUGAGAUGUGAGAAUAUAAAGAAUGAUUACAAGUGUAUGUACUAAAGCAUAAAAUAUUAAUUCAAGCAAUAGACAAUUUAAGUUUUGUAGCUCUCUAAUCAAUUAGAAGAUUAAGUUAGGGAAUUAGAUCGACUGAACUAAUAAAUUUAAUUGAAAUAGCAAGAGAAUGAAGAACUAGGAGAGCUCUACUAAAACUAGAAUGGAAGAAUAACAGAGUUAAAUUAAGAGAUUUAAAAUUUGGCUUCAUAUUUUGAUCUUGAAAGAAUGCAAUUGAAACAGCAAAGCUAAACCUUUGAAGGUCAUAAUAAUAAAUACAAAUAGGUCUUGUCUGAUAAAGAUAACAAUAUUUAAAGACUCUAGGAUUAAUUAAAGUAAUAAGAUGAUCAUAUAAUACAGUUAAAUGGUAAGAUUAGGGAUCUAUCUAAUUAAAUGAACUAAUACCAACAAAAUGCUCAGAACUAAAAUAAAUUCAUGAAUUAAUUAUAGGCAGAGAUAGCGUAAUAUCACUAAAGUCUUGCAAUAAAGGAUAGAGAACUCUAUGAACUUGGUAUUUAAUUUAAUGCCAGUAAGGAAUCUUAUGAAAAAGACAAAGACAGAUUAGAGAGAAAAGUGUCAAAGUACUCAGGGAAAUACAAACAACAAUUAAAGUAACUUAUUUCUGAAUUGGAGCUACUAACAAUAAAUAAAUAGUAAUAAGAGGAUUAUAUUAGAAAUAAUUAGGACUAAAUGCGCAAACUAGAGAAGAAAUAUCAAUAAGAUAUUGGCUUAUUUAGAAUGGAAAACCUGAGAAAGGAUGAAUAAGUAGAGUAGUCAAAGAUGAAACAGAGAAAAUUUGUUGAAAUGCUUUAGACUAAGAUAAGACAUCUGCUUUACAGAAGCAAAGAGUUACUUAUACCUGUAGGUUCAUAGCACCCCACACUGUAAUUUGAUCAAGUCGAUUAUAGAGAGAGUGAAAUGACUAGAGGGUUUAACGAUAUUUUGGAAAUUAUUGAAAAAUAUCUAAAUCCCAUGCUAGGUUAGGGCUACGUUUCAGCCCAACAAAACAACCAAAGUUUCAGCAAGGUUAAUUCUAAGCAAUAAUUUUAUUGA